GCACUCUAUACACAGUGCCUCAUUUAAAUCUCGCAGUAACUCAAGGAAGAAGGAAGCGUGCUCCCCUUCCGCAAAGCAGAAAACCGAGUAAAGCUUCUAACUUGUCCGAGGUCAAACUUGUCCGAGGUCAAAGAGCUAGUAGCUGAAAAAGCCGGAAUUCGAAUCCAUGUCCAUAGGACUCCAGCGCCCUCACUCUCAAACACUAUGCGUAAGUUUUCGGGGAACCCAGGUGUACAGUGAGGAACGAGUACAAACCCACCAACUGCAAGCCUGCGACCUCAAGGCCUGAGGAAGUCCCCAGCACGCACAGCGCGCAGGCGUAUGGUUAGGCGAAUGGGCGGUCCCGGGCGCCGGAAGAAGGACCGGAGACUACGUAUCCCACAAGGCUCCGCAGGGCGUCGCUGGCCGGCGAAAACGAAACGGGCGACGGCGUGAUGACGUUGCUGGAGACGCUGGCGCGCGGGAUUUAAACUGCGGCGGUUUGGGCGGCGUUAAGACUUCGCGGGGUAGAAAGAGUUGUGAUUUUUGGUACUUGGCGUUUCUCUUCACGGCUGACCUGCCGACUGCCCAUGGACUCGUCACUUCAGAACCGACUGUUCCCCGGUCUCACCAUCAAGAUCCAACGCAGUAAUGGUUUAAUUCACAGUGCCAAUGUAAGGACUGUGAACAUGGAGAAAUCCUGUGUUUCAGUGGAAUGGACAGAAGGAGGUGCCACAAAGGGCAAAGAGAUUGAUUUUGAUGAUGUGGCAGCAAUAAACCCAGAGCUCUUACAGCUUCUUCCCUUACGCCCAGAGGACAAUCUGCCCCUGCAGGAGAAUGUGACAGUCCAGAAACAAAAACGCAGAUCAAUCACCUCCAAAAUUCCUGCUCCAAAAGAAGCUCUUCGUGGCCGCUCCACUCGCAUGUCCACAGUCUCAGAGGUUCACAUCGCCGCUCAGGAGAAUGAUAUGGAGGUGGAGCUGCCCGCGUCUGCCAACUCCCGCAAGCAGCUUUCUGUUCCCACCGGCCCCCCUAGGCCCUCCUGCCCUGCAGUGGCUGAAAUACCAUUGGCGAUGGUCAGCGAAGAGGUGGAAGAGCAAGUCCAUUCCAUCCGAGGCAGCUCUUCUGCAAACCCUGUGAACUCAGUUCGGAGGAAAUCGUGUCUUGUGAAGGAAAUGGAAAAAAUGAAGAGCAAACGAGAAGAGAAGAGGGCCCAGAACUCUGAAAUGAGAAUAAAGCGAGCUCAGGAGUAUGACAGCAGCUUUCCAAACUGGGAAUUUGCCCGGAUGAUUAAAGAAUUUCGGGCUAAUUUGGAAUGUCAUCCACUUACUAUGACUGAUCCUAUCGAAGAGCACAGGAUAUGCGUCUGUGUUAGGAAACGCCCUCUGAAUAAACAAGAAUUGGCCAAGAAAGAAAUUGAUGUGAUUUCCGUUCCUAGCAAAUGUCUCCUCUUGGUCCAUGAGCCCAGAUUGAAAGUGGACUUAACAAAGUACCUGGAGAACCAGGCAUUCUGCUUUGACUUUGCAUUUGAUGAAACUGCUUCGAAUGAAGUUGUCUACAGGUUCACAGCAAGGCCACUGGUACAGACAAUCUUUGAAGGAGGAAAAGCAACCUGUUUUGCAUAUGGCCAAACAGGAAGUGGCAAGACACAUACUAUGGGCGGAGACCUCUCAGGGAAAGCCCAGAAUGCAUCCAAAGGGAUCUAUGCGAUGGCCUCCCGGGAUGUCUUCCUCCUGAAGAAUCAGCCCCGCUACCGGAAACUGGGCCUGGAAGUCUAUGUGACAUUCUUCGAGAUCUACAAUGGGAAGCUGUUCGACCUGCUCAACAAGAAGGCCAAGCUACGUGUGCUGGAGGACGGCAAGCAGCAGGUGCAGGUGGUGGGGCUGCAGGAGCACCUGGUUAACUGUGCUGAUGAUGUCAUCAAGAUGAUCCACACAGGCAGUGCCUGCAGGACCUCUGGGCAGACAUUUGCCAAUUCCAACUCUUCCCGCUCCCACGCCUGCUUCCAGAUUCUUCUUCGAGCCAAAGGGAGAGUGCAUGGCAAGUUCUCUUUGGUGGAUUUAGCAGGGAAUGAGCGAGGUGCGGACACUUCCAGUGCUGACCGGCAGACCCGCAUGGAGGGUGCAGAAAUCAACAAGAGUCUCCUGGCCCUGAAGGAGUGCAUCAGGGCCCUGGGACAGAACAAGGCUCACACCCCAUUCCGGGAAAGCAAGCUGACACAGGUGCUGAGGGACUCUUUUAUCGGGGAGAACUCAAGGACCUGCAUGAUUGCCAUGAUCUCACCAGGCAUAAGCUCCUGUGAAUAUACUUUAAACACCCUAAGAUACGCAGACAGGGUCAAGGAGCUGAGCCCCCACAGUGGGCCCAGUGGGGAACAGCCAAUUCAGAUGGAAACAGAAGAGACGGAAGUCAGCUCUAAUGGGGCCCUGAUCGAAGGCAAUUUCUCCAAGGAAGAGGAGGAACUGUCUUCUCAGAUGUCCAGCUUUAACGAAGCCAUGACUCAGAUCAGGGAGCUGGAGGAGAGGGCUGUGGAAGAGCUCAAGGAGAUUACCCAGCAAGGGCCAGACUGGCUUGAGCUCUCCGAGAUGACCGAGCAGCCAGACUAUGACCUGGAGACCUUUGUGAACAAAGCAGAAUCUGCCCUGGCCAAGCAAGCCAAGCACUUCUCAGUCCUGCAAGAUGUCAUCAAGGCCUUGCGCCUGGCCAUGCAGCUGGAAGAGCAGGCCAGCAAACAAAUAAGCAGCAAGAAACGGCCCCAGUGAUGACUGCAAAUAAAGAUCUGUUUGGUUUCACUCCCAGCCUAUUCCCCUUCCCGCCCCUCCCCCAGCAGACUCUGGGCACCUGGUGGGUCUAGUCAGGGUCUGAGCUGGGACAGGCUUUUGUAAAUGCCAAAUAUGUGGGCAUCUGGGCCCAGGGCAGCUGGGGAGGGAGUCAGAGCUAUGACAUGGAACAGUAUUUUCCUUUUCCUCCACUGUAGCCCUCGUGGGAGUUCUAAUGUCCUGCUGUGGCCCUGCCUGGUCAGCUCCUUCCUAUUGCUCCAGCUGGAACCUAUGUGGAAGGAGGGAACCUUUUCAUCCCGUGUGUUGCCCUUCCUCUCCAUCAAAGUGGGGGAAGCUCUCUGAUGUAGAGCUUUCGCUUGGGCAGCAUUCUGUUUUUGUGGACUGGCUGCUCGUGGAGAGCUUCCCGGGGUUGCCAUGGAUCUGGGGAGAGAGAAGGAGCCUUUAGUCCAGCUCUCUGCUGCCUCUGACCUGCCUUCCACACCCUUGGUCCGGGCACUGAUAAGUCUUGUACUUUAAAAAAACUUUCCGGGACCUCUUUCUUCCUUGCUGUUUUCUGUUUUAUGUGUUCAUUAUAUGUGUGUCUAACAAUAAAGAAAAAGAUCAG